GUUAUUUGGCCAAAUGAAUGAGAACCACGUCAGUGACGGUGUAAAUAAGUUACACAACGUCCAAGUAAACAUUCAAAGUGACCUUUAUCUGUAGCCUCUCUGAGCUACUGCAUCUGCCAAGAGGUCCGGGCAUUUAUGGCACAGGUAGCAAUAGUGGGCCUGGUCAAAACUAGUGCAUUAAAUUGUUAACGGGGGGCGGUGCUAUUUGGGAUGUCAACAAUGUUUCCUCUCUGGGGACUGUGGUGAUUCAUUCAGACCCAGUUGGUAUCGGCAGAGUGAAGCAGCCUGGGAAUACUGGUGAUCGUAAUGGCGGAGGGAGGCUUUGACCCCUGUGAGUGCAUCUGCCCCCAGGAGAACGCCAUGAGACGACUCAUCAACCUGCUACGUCAGUCUCAGUCCUACUGUACAGACACAGAGUGCCCUCAGGACACGCCAGGACCCAGUGGCUCAGUAGGAGGUGGAGACCUGACUGUCCCCAUGGUUCUGAUGGGCUGGAUGGUUCUGGUUCUGCUCCUCUUCCUCUUCAGACCCAACAGCCUCAGAGGAUCCACAGCACCGCCUGCCGGAAAACCUACUGGACCUCACAGUAGUCGUGACCAGGAGCCCCCAUCUCCCCCGGUGGACUAGCAACGGAACCAAACGGAACCACCAGCCGUUCUGCCGUUCUACGUUGGUACCCGGAAACCCAACAGCUUACUGCGACCUCUGACCCCUGUACAUCAACAUGUAUUUCCUGUAUAGUGCACUACUUUUGACCAGAGCCCUAUGGGAAUUAGUCUUGUCAGAAUUAGUGCAUUACAUAUGGCUCUAGUCAGAAUUAGUCUAGUCAGAAUUAGUGCAUUACAUAGGGCUCUAGUCAGAAUUAGUGCACUACAUAGAUUAAGGUGCAAUUUGGGACGCAGACAUUAUUUUGCUAUGGUCAACUAGCUAGUCACUAGUCAUCUAGUUUAUUGAUUGGUCUGAUCAACUAGCUAGUCACUAGUCAUCUAGUUUAUUGGGGGGGAUAGAAUCACUUAGCAACAAGAAGGGGGAGGGGCUCUUCAGAAUCGACACCCAACAUUCCGCAGUGAUGGGGGGGAAUAGAAUCACUUAGCAACAAGGGGGGGAAUAGAAUCACUUAGCAACAAGGGGGAGAAUAGAAUCACUUAGCAACAAGGGGGAGAAUAGAAUCACUUAGCAACAAGGGGGAGAAUAGAAUCACUUAGCAACAAGGGGGAGAAUAGAAUCACUUAGCAACAAGGGGGAGAAUAGAAUCACUUAGCAACAAGGGGGAGAAUAGAAUCACUUAGCAACAAGGGGGGGAAUAUAAUCACUUAGCAACAAGAAGGGGGAG